AUGGAGAAUGACAAAAUUGAUGUGGUGGAUGUUGAGGAGGAAAGUACAGGGGGAGAUAAUGAAAAUCAACAAGCAAACAAUGAAAUGAGGAGCGACAAGGAUGACAGGAUGAAUCGAAAAAGAAUAAAGAAAGAAGACCUGGAGACAUUAGAUGAGGGUAAAUGUUUGAACGAUGAAAUUAUCAACUCAUACUUGGAUUUGAUUUGCAAAAGGGAAACCUUCGGCCAACGAGUUUAUGGAAUGAACUCAUUCUUUUUCCCGCGAUUGUAUGUGAACGGGUAUCCGGCAAUUAAAAGAUGGACGAAAAAAGUGAAUCUUUUUGAAUUCGAAAAAGUGAUGGUUCCCAUUCACCUGGGUCAUCACUGGUGUCUUGCAGUCAUCGAUUUAAAGAAAAAAACGAUAAGUUACUACGAUAGCUUGGGAGGAGAGAAUCAGCAGUAUUUGGAGAAAUUAUUCCAAUACUUAAUCUUGGAGGCCGGUGAGAAGGGAAAGAUUAGGCCAAGACGAGAGGAAUGGACGCUCACGACAAGGAAAAGCAUCCCGAGACAGCUAAAUGGACAGGACUGCGGGGUUUUUGCGUGUAUGUUUGCAAGAUAUGAAGCAGAGAACAAAGACUUCGAUUUUUGUCAGAUGGACAUGCCCAUAAUACGUCGGAAGAUUAAAAGGGAACUAGAGACCGGAAGUCUCGAAAUAUGA